UAACUGAAACUAAGCAAUGUUUUUCCGAUCCUCUCUCUUGGCGGUGGUAUUAGCUUUUGGCCUGGUUUCUGGCCUAAGCGUUACCCUAAAGUUGAAGGGUUCCAAGUUGAAGUUGCCAAUUACAAAGAAGAUCCAACAACUUCAAAUGGAAACGGAAGAGAUGGCUGCUCGGGAUCUUGCUACUACGCAGUCCUGUUUUGGCCAUUAUAACCCCAUCCUGAACGGAGUGGCGGUCCAGUUCCAGGAGGACUACGAUACCUGCGAGAAGAACUACGCGAACGGCAGUGCCUUGAUAACUAGUGCCUGGAACAGCACUCUUUACGAAAUCCAGGGGAGUGGCGAUCAAGGAUGCAACACCUUCUUCGAUUGCUCCUCGAUUUUGGACCCUGUGUUGGUCUUCGAGUGCUUUGCCAAUGUGGGAGCUGAACAAUCGAAGAUCAUGUACCAAGUGUCGGCAAAUGCCACUGAGGCCGCCACUGCCAUUAAAAUCCUGCUGGUAUCCUUGGAAACUGAGAAGGAAAGCUGCCAGAAUACUGCUGAACGGAAUUACGUGGAGGGCACCGCUUCAACCUACGAGGAUCUAACUCAGUGCCUCGCUGGAAAUCCUUUGCCAGGGGAGACCACUACUGUGAAAAGCCAAUAAAGCAUUUUUCGAUUUUUCAAUAUAAAAUAACUCCCUCUUCAAGGGUUUCAAAAGUAAAUAAAUAAAUAGAUUAUGCCUGAAAAAUGUU